AAGAUUCUUGGAAUCGAUUGGAAAUUGAAAUGAAACUAUCAGAAUGUCCAAAACGAUGAUUCUACAGUUGUUGCGAACAGCGACUAGCCGCCAACUUUUACGAUGUUCGCAAGUUCAGACCACAACAACAUUCUGGCGAAUUCAAACUCAACAAUUCGCAUCUGAAGGAAAACGUGGAAGGCGAAAGUUUGUGGAAGCCGCCGUCGUGAAGAGUACGAAAAGUACAAAACAAACUGUCGAUGUUUGGAAGCAAAUGAAUCCUUCAGAGCUCGCCGCGGCACUUUCCGUAGAUUUGAGUGAAAUUACCGAGUUUUUGGAAAGCCUCGACCGCCGGAAUGUUGAUGCAAUCAUUUCUGAUUCUCCACUUGACGAUGUUUCGAUUUUGCAGACAACCGCUGCAUUCUCUUUCAAACCUCGUUUCGUGAAUGGCCCUCCGAAAAAAACUGAAAAAGAGGAUGCAGACCUCCAUCCACAACUAGAAGCUUCUCCAAAAGAUCUAGAACGUCGCCCACCGAUUGUAACUAUCAUGGGACAUGUUGAUCAUGGAAAAACCACACUUUUGGAUGCAAUGCGUAAUUCUCAAAUCGCUGCAGGAGAAUUCGGUGGAAUCACACAACAUAUUGGCGCAUUCUCUGUCGAAUUAACAAAAGGAAGAAGAGUCACAUUUUUGGAUACACCGGGUCAUGCCGCAUUCGCAUCAAUGAGAGCCCGUGGUGCGAAAGGAGCUGAUAUUGUUGUUCUCGUUGUUGCUGCCGAUGAUGGAGUCAAAGAACAGACUGCACAAUCGAUAAAAUUUGCAAAAGACGCGAAUGUUCAACUGGUGGUGGCUGUAAAUAAAAUUGACAAGCCAAACGCAGAUCCAAUGAGAGCAAUGCGAUCAUUGUUGGAACAUGAUGUCGUUGUUGAGCAGCUCGGUGGAGAUGUUCAAUGUGUUGAGGUUUCUGCAUUACAAUCUAGAAAUCUACCAUCUUUACAAGAUGCUCUUCUUCUUCAAGCAGAUGUCAUGGAUUUAAAAGCAACGAAAAAAGGAAAAGUGGAAGCAGUUAUCAUUGAAUCAUCAGUUGUACAUGGAAUUGGAAAAGUUUGCACAUUAGUUGUUUCUCGAGGAACACUCAAAAAGGGAUGUGUACUAGUGGCAGGAAGCUCGUGGUGUCGUGUCAAGACAAUGCAUGAUGAAAAUGGAAAAAUUGUUCAAGUCGCGACACCAUCACAACCAGUUCGCGUUUCAGGAUGGAAAGACGAUCUUCCAACUCCUGGUGACCUCGUUCUCGAAGCGGAAACUGUAGAUCGUGCACAGAAAGCUGUAAACUUGAGAAUUGAUAAUAUGAUGCGCGAGAAGGCUGAUCGUGAUUGGGAAGACACAAAAGAUCAGAGAGACAAAGCUCGUGAGACAUAUCUGAGCAAUCGACAGCAGCUUCUCGACAGAGGACAACGAUUCGGAUCGACUCUUCGUAAUAUUGUUCAUAAAAAGCAACGAAUUGAGAAAGAUGUAGCUGACGGAUCUCCAAAAUUUAGGCUUAUAAUCCGAACAGACGUAGAAGGCACACUCGAGGCGAUUCUGGAAAUUUUGAGCACAUAUAAAAGCGAGCAAUGCAAGCUACAAUUGGUUGAUUUCGAAGUGGGACCGCCGACUGAAAAAGACAUUGAAUUGGCAAAAGAGACGGAUGCCACAAUAUACACAUUCAACGUAGAAACAUCUGCAAAACUCAAACAACGUGCCGAUGCUGCUGGUAUUCAAAUCGAUUCAUUCAAUGUCAUUUAUCGCAUGAUUGAAUCGCUGAAAGGAGAACUUUCUGCUCGUAUUCCAAAGCUAACUGAACUCCAUUUAGUUGGAGAAGGACACGUGCUCAAAGAAUUUGUCAUUUCGGAUCGUGGAAGAAAGCGGCAACCUAUUGCAGGAACCCUUGUGAAUUGGGGAAACUUUGAUAGACAUUGCAUUUAUAAGUUCACUCGAGGCAAUCAAGUCGUUUACGAAGGAGAAGUCGAAACUAUGAAAGCUGGAAUGGAAGUGGUGACGAAUGCAAAAACGAACACAGAAGUCGGUCUCGCGUUGUCUGAUAAAAAUAUUCGAUUCAAAGAAGAUGAUCAAGUUGAAGCUUACGAGAAGCGUACCAUCACUCAAGAAGUCGACUGGUAUCCACCAGGAUUUUAGACAUUAGCAUUUUUGUAUAUUUUGUCUAACUUUUUUUUUAUAGGACAGUUCAGUAUAUUCACUUCUUUUUUGUUUUUCAGUAGUUUUAGAGUUUUUAAUUAUUAUUAUUAUUCAUGUUUAUCUGUUCGUUUUAGAGCUUUCUUUUUCUUACUCCGGUAAUACAUUGUUAUUUUUU